AUGUCGAUGACAGGCAACGGCUACAAACCUGUGAGUCAUGUCAUAUUUGACAUGGAUGGAUUGCUAUUAGACACGGAGCGCCUGUACUCUGUGUCCUUCCAGGAGGUGUGUGACCGGUUUGGAAAGAAAUACACAUGGGGAGUGAAGUCCAAAGUGAUGGGCGCAAAGGCUUUGGAGGCGGCUCAAAUUAUUCGUGACACUUUGGACCUUCCGAUUACAGCAGAGGAGCUACUUUUUGAAACCAGACAAAUACAGGAGAGGAUAUUUCCUUCAGCCAAACUCAUGCCAGGUGUGGAAAAGUUGGUGAACCAUUUGAAGAGACAUGGGAUCCCCAUUGCUGUAGCGACUAGCUCAGCUGCUGUGACGUUUAAUUUGAAGACAAGCCAGCACAAAGAUUUCUUUGCUUUGUUCAACCACAUUGUCCUGGGAGAUGAUCCUGAAGUAAAGAAUUCCAAGCCAAAGCCUGACUCCUUCCUGGUUUGUGCCAGCAGAUUCAAGCCACCAGCUUCUCCAGAUACUUGCUUGGUAUUUGAGGAUGCUCCCAACGGUGUGAAGGCAGCCCUGGCAGCGGGUAUGCAGGUGGUGAUGGUUCCAGAUGAGAACUUGGACCCAGUUCUGACUCAAGGCGCCACUCUGAGACUCAGGAACAUGGAGGAAUUUGAUCCGCAACUCUUUGGCCUACCAGCGUUUUGCUGA